GCUUCCACGACUGCCGCAGAUGCCCGCUGGUUAUCGUCCGCUGGCCUCGUCAGCUGCUACAUGCGGUCAGGAAGCGGCAGCACAGCAGAUGGCUUCUUCGCACUUGGAUUACGAUUGUCAGAUUCCCUCACCUCCAGGGCAACCGCUGGCAAAACUCUCUCUGGAGAUUCUUGGACUGGUCCUGGAUCAAUUGCGAUACAUAGAUUACCGGUCCUUGUUCCUCCUCCGCUUGGUCUGCCGACAAUUCCACUCCAUCGCCACCCCGGCGGCGUACCGUGCCAUCGAGUUCAACAAAGCACUACUGCAAGCGAACGCCGAGCGCGUUUACCCCGGGGCGCUUGAACACGUUGCUCAAUUCACCAGACACGUCAUCAUCCGGAGUGAUCUGAGUCCGCAGAGUGUCAGACGAGUGCUUUCAAGAACUAAAAGACUUUCAUCUAUCAGGUGGCGAUACAUAACCCAGCGUAAUCAGCUUCCCAGGCUAUGGCUGCCAUCAGACAUUCUUGACCCCGCCAGAAUCAGCACGGAUGGCACCAAAAUUUUUAUUGAGGGCCUCCCUCUCGGAGGCGCGCAGCACGAUCUCGACGAGUCCUACUUCGAUGCCACCCUGACCAGGCACUUGGUCUCGCUCAAGCUAUCCAUCUCGGAUCCGCCCCUGACCACCAGGCCAGACUCUUUGAAGCGGCUCAUCAUGCAAUGCCCCCAUCUCUUGACGCUACACUAUCUGGACCUUGGAAUAGGAACGAGCUUUUCCUUUCGUGGAGCAGAGAGACUGCCUCCAGUGGAGGACCUCGUGCUGAAGUCAUACAACUGGAAUCACUCCCCGGAGGAAGCGGCAAAGCACUGGGACUUCUCGGCCAUUCGGUCAUUGAAGCUGGUCAACAUGCCCGUCUCCAACUUCCUGAACUCGGUCUAUCUGCCGGACUUUGGCUCUCUACACACCCUCAAGGUGGAAGAUUACGGCGGACACAUUCAGGACCUGCGCCCGAGCGCCACACGACGAUUGCACGACCUCGUCAAGCACCACGUACAGGCUCUGGAAACGCUCGACAUUACUUGCCAUACUCAGAUAUUCGGCAUCGACGCCGUCCGCAGACAUGGACAGACGCUACGUGUGUUGAGGUUUAGGGAUCACGUAGGAUUCGAAGAGGAGGGCAAGCCAUGUCCGACGCUGCGUGUGAAGGACCUGGCGCUGCUCGGAGAGCAGAUGCGGGUUAUGCACACGCUCGAGCUCGACAUGGACGAGGCCGUGUGUAGUCCCCACGACUUCUUGGGGGUGCUGUGCUCGUUUCCCAGCCUGCACACACUGACGCUCCAUGUCCAAACACGCAUCCGUCCAUCGCAGAGGGUAGACCCGAGCACUGAUCCAGAUUAUGACGCCGCUCUGGAGACGUUCCACUACCUCAUUGGGCUUAGGAAGCAGAACCGGCCACAUCUGCCAUGGCGGUGCGUCACCAUCAAUGUUGGCGGGUGGCGACGGGCCAUGGUGCGACGCAUAGGCUAUGAGUGGAAACGGCGCAACGAGCAGGGCGUGUUUGCCGAGCGAUGUUUUGUGUUGGAGCAGGGCGCGGGAGACGCCCAGUACAGCAUCCGAGAGGAGCAGGCGUCGGAGAGCCCACGGUGUCGGUCGCCGGUGCAACUCUGACAGCGCCGGCGAGACGGCUUGGUCGGAGAUGUCAUGGGAGCCUGUGGUAUUCGAGCGGAGCGGAAUCACGGUUGGUGCACGCACAAACAUGGUCAAGUUGCAUACCGCAGAGAGUCGUCAGCUUAGUCAAAUGGCAGAGCGGCACGUCUCAGCAAGGCGUUGGAUGUGUGUACAUAGACGGCACGCUCGGGC